AUGCUAGACGGAGAACUGUCAAAUUUCUUCGACAUCGAGCAGGGGGUCCCACAAGGUUGCACGCUGUCUCCAACAUUGUUCCUGGUGUUCAUCAACGAUCUGUUGGAAGUCGUAGAGGCAGUCCGGAAGGGAGUAAA